AUGACCAUUACGGAACAGCUUCUCCGGCUCAAAGUCGACCACAAUACGGCUGCAACAGAGCAACUUGCUAUUCCAGAAGUUACUAGGGCAGAGGGAGCUAUCGCACAAGCUGAUGUUGUGCAAACACCUGCAACGCCUGUUACUCUAGUAACGACAGAACAUGUGCAAUUACUGUUCAACAGAAUUAAGCAGGAUGCUGAGACGCUUAACGAGCCAGAAAAGCGGGGAUUACUUAGCCACGUGCAGAUGAUGGCGAAAGCUACGAGAGUAGCCAUUGCCGAGCGAUCUCUUCUGCAGGACCACAACCGGCUCUUGUCGAAGAUCAACGGCGAAGUUAAAGCGCGGCAAUCGACCAAGUCGUUGGUGCUGGGCAAGGCGAUGGUGAUGACCUACGAACAGCUCAAGGAGGUGCGAGCGAAGCGUGCUGCGACAGCAGAAGCUGCAGCAAACAAAGCGAAGCACAGGCGCAAACGCAAGAGUGCUGCGCCAGACGGAGUUGCGCCAGAAGCGAUGGCUGGAACGACGCAGAGCAGCCAUGGGCCAGGAACGUGGAAGGCGCCAGUAGCGCAGAUGGUUGCAGCGAACUGGCCAUGA